AUGGAGAGCUUAAGCUUGGACGAGCCGGAGCUGAACGACGAUGAGGAGCAGAACUUUAGUUUUCGCUAUCCCAGCUAUAUGUUUCCCGAUGCGGAAUAUGAUAAGAUGGAUGUGCCAUUGUCGUUUAAGGCGACGCCAGACUCGCUGUUCAAUCUCUGCACUGCUGUGGUGGAUGCUCAAACGCGCAACGAGGUCUUCAAGUGGGACAUUAAUGAUGUGGCCAGUUGGCUGCGUGACUUUGGCUAUCCAGAAUAUGAACAAACCUUUAAAGAGAACUACAUUGAUGGCCACAAGCUGCUCAAUCUGGACGCCAUUGGCUUGGUCGCACUCAAUAUACGCGACUUUGAGCAUAUACGUCAUCUGGGACGCGGCAUACGCGCGCUCUAUCGCAAGGAGCUGCAAAUGGCCACGGAGACGAAGCAACAAAGCGAAGUCUACAAAUCCUUCCGUGCGCGCACCGGUCGCAAGUAUGAAGGACUACGCGAAACGGAACUGCUGGGACGCAUGCAUAUGCUGCGCUCCGUGUUCCAGGACAUUAACGAAUGGGAGCUAAUGGAACUGCAUAUGGCACGCACUCCGGUGCGACGCUAUCGCGAAGUUGUCGCAGGCACCAGGCGCUAUAAUCUAUACGGACCAUCAACGGCACGCAGGCAGCCCAUUCAGGUGGAUGAUGUGGAUACAACGCCUUGGUAUGAAUUGGGUGAUUUGUAUUGAGUGAGGGGACUGACUG